CGAGCAUUCGCCUGUUCGACGAGCCUGCAACAUGGCUUCAAUAGUUCUAGAAGGGCAGAUAUGGGGGAUUGUGCUGAUUGUUAUGGGUCUCUUUCUACAAGAGCUGCUCUAUCCCCGCCUCACCACCCUCCGGCCGGGUCAUCUCAAGACGGCUUUCUCAUGGUAUCGCUAUGCCGUCUCCCCGCCCACUUCCAAACAGAGUAUUGCCCAAACGCUGCCUUGGGACAUCCUGGCGACGAUUCUGGAAUAUCUCGACACCCCUGAAGCCGCAGUCGCAUCCAUGGUCUGCCGCUCCUGGCUCGAGCCAGCUCGCCAACGUCUCUAUUAUGGGAUAGACCUCCAACCAGCGUCAAACAUGAACUUCAUCAGACUGGCGACAUCUAUGGAGAACUCGCCACGUCUGAGGCAAUUCGUUCGUCGUGUUCGCAUAAGCGUUCUCGGGAAAGACGAAACGGCCGGCAGGCUCGACUGGAUCAAGAACCUCCCACCUGACCAAGUUCAGCGGCUGUCCAUUGGAUGCACUCAGUACGACACACCGUCUGCCGCAGAUGUCAGAUCGAUUUACCAGCACCCCAACAUUCGAUCUUCAGUGCAAUGCCUGAAGCUCUCUGGCCGUCCGUUCCGGCACGCAGAGGUCCCCGUGAAGAAUCUCGAAUUUGCCAAAUUUGAAGAUCUUGAGGUCGAGGUCACGAGCGACGAUAACAUGGAUUACUGCUCAAGUCUUCGAUUUCCAGCAUUGCGGAAACUUGUCAUACGCGGGGCACGUAUACCCCGACACUAGCUCUUCUUCUCAGUGCACCGUUACCUAGGCUGAAACACCUCGCGGUCAUUAUGGUCGGCUAUCCCGCCAAUAUCAAUCCGACUGAUCAGCUCCUCUUGCAAGGCGUUCUGCUGCAGCUUUCGAGUCUGCGCAGACUUGUGAUUCGAAUGCACUUGCGCACGAUGGCACCGAUUCUCGACGGAACCCUUUCCGGCCUCGUCGAACUAAAAUAUCUCGACUGCACGUAUGGCACGUUCUCCGAAGCGAUGUUUUCUGAUAUCCCGCCGGGCCUGAAAUCCAUGACGCUUUGGAAUAACCCCGAGUCCAGCCUACCGCUGAACCCGAACUUUACAGCAAGCAUGAUGGAAUUGGUCGGCCCUCUCAGGAAAAGUCGCAAGAUUUCAUUGCGAAGUAUCAGCACCCACAUGUCGGGUCUCGAUGCAGAGUUACACGCAGAGACAUGUCAAAGAUACACGUCGAAAGGCUUUAUGCUUUCCUAAAGCUAACUUCGGUUGGUCACGCUCCCGAGAAAACCUUGUCUCGUGCUGAAAGAAAUGCUUCAGUGGGUGUUGCCUCAUACCAUCAGCUCGCACUGAGUCGCACGAUGGUCAGGAUCAGCAGGGUUGAUCGUGUCUUGUGUGGUGCUUCAGACGGAGAUAAGGGGAGGCGUAGUUAGUGGGUAGUUCGGCAUUGUGGAAGGUCCGCUUUCGGAAGGUCUAAUAAAACGGUUUCGCA